CUCUCCCGCCAAAAGCAGUUAAUUUUUUCUUCUUCGUCUUCCUCACUCACUCUCUGUAUCCGCCAUGGAUUUCUCUGUAAUCAAGAUUCUGUUCAUCUUCAUUUGUUUCGUACACCCAGAAGCUAAAGCUCUCAUUUACCCUCAAGAUCUCAUAACCCAUGAUUCUGUUUUCGAUUUUCCGUCAUUAACCCCGUCUUUUCCGACCUCUUCCUCUCCAAUUUUUCGUCCUCCUACUUCUCCUCUUGUUCCGGCUCUAUUCAUUAUUGGUGAUUCUUCUGUUGAUUGUGGUACGAAUAACUUUCUUGGGACUUUUGCUCGUGCUGAUAGGCUUCCUUAUGGUCGUGAUUUUGAUACUCAUCAACCUACUGGUCGAUUCUGCAAUGGAAGAAUCCCAGUCGAUUAUCUAGCGUUGCGUCUUGGGUUACCAUUUGUGCCUAGCUAUCUAGGACAGGCUGGUUCUAUUGAAGAGAUGGUUCUUGGGGUUAAUUAUGCUUCUGCUGGUGCUGGUAUUAUAUUCUCAAGUGGCUCGGAAUUGGGUCAGCAUAUCUCACUUGCACAGCAAAUAGAACAAGUUACUGACACUGUUCAGCAGUUUAUAAUGAAUAUUGGUGAGGAUGCAACAACUGAUCUGAUAUCUAGUUCCUUGUUUUACAUUUCGAUCGGGAGCAAUGACUACAUUCACUACUAUCUCCUGAAUGCCUCAAAUGUUCAAACUGUUUACCUGCCAUGGAGUUUCAACCAGUUUUUAGCACAGACUAUAAAACAGGAGAUUAAGAACCUGUACAAUGACAAGGUGAGAAAAGUGGUUGUAAUGGGACUGGCUCCAAUAGGCUGUGCACCUUACUACCUAUGGCUGUACAGUAGCAAGAACGGGGAGUGUGUCAAGAACAUAAAUGACAUGAUUUUGGAGUUCAACUUUGCUGUAAGAUAUAUGGUUUCUGAACUAAAUGAAGAGCUUGUUGAUGCCACUAUCAUAUUCUGCGAUGCAUUUGAAGGUUCAAUGGACAUUAUUCAGAAUCACAAUCGUUAUGGUUUCAAUGUGACAGAUGAGGCUUGCUGUGGUUUAGGUGAAUAUAAAGGUUGGAUCAUGUGUGUUUCCCCUGAAAUGGCGUGUAAUAACGCCUCUAGCCACAUCUGGUGGGAUCAAUUUCAUCCGACUGAUGCUGUGAAUGCUAUCCUCGCUGACAACGUCUGGUCCAGCCUGCAUACGCCUAUGUGCUACCCUAUGAACCUGCAAGAAAUGUUAGCUCAAAGCACCAUAUAGUUCAACUUAGAGACAAUUGUGAAUAUAUGGCCACUGUAUAGAUAGUAUAUCAUUCUUUGUGUGUUUACAUGUAACUUUGGUAUUUCUGCAAUGUCAACUUUGGUAUUU